GCUCAAAAUUUACCACAACAACAGGGCGGCCGAGUAAAGGGGAGACACAAACUUUGACGUAUAUUUAUUUUCUGUUUGUAAAAGUUUUAAUAUAUGUUGUUUAUACUUUAGCUAAUUAAAUUGUACACAGAAAAUUAUUUAACCCGUAUACUAUAAAAAUGACAGGAGAAGUAGAUUCGCAUCGAAUUUUGGGUCCUAAUGGAAGAAGCUUGCGUUUAACAGGACAUGUUGGAUUUGAUAGUUUACCCGAUCAAUUAGUGAACAAAUCAGUGAAUGCAGGAUUUGCUUUUAAUAUAUUAUGCAUAGGUGAAACUGGCAUUGGAAAGUCAACAUUGAUGGAUUCUUUAUUUAAAAGAACGCUUGAAGGCAACCCUCAUGAACACAACUCACCAGCCGUUGAAAUACAGCAUGUUACCUAUGAUUUAAAAGAAAGCAAUGUAUCACUAAAAUUAACAAACGUCGAGACAGUUGGUUUUGGAGACCAGAUCAACAAGGAGGAGAGCACGAACGCCAUUCUGCAGUACAUUGAUGCAAACUAUGAGGCUUACUUGCAAGAAGAAAUGAAAAUCAAACGUUCUUUGAAUACGUAUCAUGAUACUCGAGUACAUGCUUGUUUGUAUUUCAUCGCCCCCACUGGUCAUUCGCUGAAAUCACUUGAUUUAGUUUGCAUGAAGAAGUUAGAUAAAAAGGUUAAUAUUAUUCCAAUCAUUGCAAAAGCUGACACAAUUUCGAAAAGUGAAUUGCAAUCUUUUAAAGAGCAGAUAAUGAGUGAACUGGAGAACAACGGGGUUGAAAUUUAUAAGUUCCCAACCGACGAUGAAACCGUGGCUGAAAUUAACGGUCAGAUGAACAGUCAUCUACCAUUUGCUGUUGUGGGAAGUAGAGACGAAGUGGUCAUGGGCGGUGAAAAGUUUCGUGCACGUCAGUACCCUUGGGGUACAGUUUUGGUUGAAAAUGAAAACCAUUGUGAUUUUGUGAAACUUCGCGAGAUGUUGCUUCGCACAAACAUGCAGGACCUCAUCGAGAAGACUCAUCAAAAACACUAUGAGUUGUAUAGAAAAGAAAAAAUGGAGCAAAAAGGUUUUAAAGAUGGCGAGGACAGCAUUCAAGAAGCUUAUCAAAACAAGCGCGAGCAAUACAUGUUAAGUUUGCAGAAGAAAGAGGAAACCAUUCGACAAACUUUUGUUCAAAAAGUCAAAGAUAAAGAAAAUGAAUUAAAGAAAGCUGAACAAGAGUUACAAACCAUGUUUGAAGAUAUGAAGAAGCGUCAAUCUGAAGAAAAACGCGCUGUGGAAGCAAUGAAAAAGGCCUUGGACGAAGAUCAAGCAAGUUUUAACAAAUCGAAGCAAGAAUACGCUCUUCACCAAGCAGAAAUGGCUAGUAAGGGAAAGAAACACGCGAAAAAAUAAAACUAACAAUUCAUAAAUAUACAUAUAUUUAUAUAUCUUGAAAUGUGGCCAGUGAAAAUUUUUUCUAUAGUAUCGACAUUUGUGUAUAUUAUGUAUAAAGACAAGGUUUAUGAGCUUCA